CGGUGAAUGUUGCGAGUUGGGGAAGAGGAAGCGGAGCUGUCCCUGUUUGUCUCUAUAGCGGAGCUUGGUGCCUUACUCUCUGAUAAUGGCUUAUCCUGGAUAUGGGGCGCAAUUUCCUCAGUAUGGUGGUGCACCCGGAGCACCUGGUGGUGCAGGAUAUCCUGGAGCUGGGGGUCCAGGAUAUCCAGGAGCUCCCGGAGCUGGAGGUUAUGGAGCAUUCCCUGGUCAACAGCAGGACCCACUCUAUGGAUACUUUGCUGCAGUAGCUGGUCAAGAUGGUCAGAUAGACGCUGAGGAACUUCAGCGAUGUCUUACUCAAUCUGGCAUCAGUGGCACCUACAAACCAUUCAGCAUGGAGACCUGCAGGCUAAUGAUUUCCAUGUUAGAUCGAGAUAUGUCCGGUACAAUGGGUUUUCCAGAAUUCAAAGAGCUGUGGACAGUUUUGAGUAACUGGCGGCAGAACUUUUCUACAUUUGACCGUGACAGGAGUGGAACUGUAGAGCCCCAGGAACUGCAACAAGCUAUUGGUGCCAUGGGGUACAGACUGUCUCCUCAAGGUUUGAAUGGAAUUGUAAAGCGAUAUAGCACCCAUGGGAAGAUCUCCUUUGAUGAUUAUGUAGCCUGUUGUGUAAGACUUCGUGCUCUGACAGAGGCCUUCAGAAGAAGAGAUGCUUCCCAACAAGGAGUUGUUAAUUUUGCAUAUGAUGAUUUCAUCAUGUGCACCAUGACUAUUUAACUGAAGCAGGAUUGAAAAGAAAACUGUAGUUUCCAAAAGAACGUAACCUCUUUCUGAGUGCCCAGUCUAAUAACCAGCUGCAAAGUUAUGCAAUGUUAUACAAUAUAUAUGUAAAGAGAAGUGCAUGAUCUGGAAUGAGAGUUUUUGGCUGAUUAUAUAAUGCUGCACUAUACUGCUGUGAAAUCAGUUAAUUUUUUUAAUAAUGAUGGACAUUGAUUUUUGUACUGACUUCUGCCAAAUAAUGCUUGGUUUGACAUUGAACAUUUUGCAAGCUUAUGAGCACAAAAGAUGUAACUUCCCUAAUGAAGGUAUUGAAUUCAAAUAUAUAUAUUGUACAAACCCAA